AUGGAAGACAUCACUCACCUCACUAAAAUUGAAGUAAUCACCUCGACAUGGUUUCUUGCUGCGAGUUUUGCAUUAACUGCGGACUCGUUUUCCCAUGCAGUGGUAAAACUUGCUAUUAAUAAGUGGAACUUUCUCCUUUUUACCGUAAAUGUAGCAAUAAUUGUUAAUGAAAUAUUUAUGCUCUUUCAAGUAGUAGCAAGUUCAAAUUGUUCAAAUAUAAAUAGCUCAGAUAACUGCAAUAUCUCAAAUGCAGUAAGUUUUUCAAGGUGCACCGAUCAUUCAUCUGUACGUAUGUAUUAUAUGAUAGAAAUUAUUAAAUUUUUUGGCUAUUUAAUCGCUAAACCAGGAAUGCUGCACCUCGCAUAUCUCAGAUGUAGUUCAGUCUUUAAGCCAUUUAAAAAGCCUGCGGUUAUAAGGUUUCACUAUUCAAUUAUGGCAGUACGAGUCUUAGAAAUAGCCAUUUUAGCAACCACCAGUAUUACAGACCUUAUAAAAUGCCAGGGAUCAUAUUGUGAACCAGAAUGUUCGUACAUACCUACAAUUUCUUUUGCACGAGAAGCAGCAGUACCGAUUUUUGUAAUUUAUUACAUUAUUGCCGAGUUUAUAUUUUACAUGAAGCUUUUUAAAGUCAUACGAGAAAUCUAUAAUGAUGGAAAUACUCAACGAGAUCUUUAUCACCAAGCCGCACUAUUCACUAUUGACAUAUUGCAACUGUCAGCAAUGUGUGUCUAUCGAUUAGUUGGACUUGUGGUCAAUCUACCAACUUACCGUUAUGCAGAAGUUUUCAGUAUAGCCUUUACUAUUUUUGUGAUGACUAAGUUUUGGCAUAUGAUUCCCAUUUUAACCAGAUCAAUUGGUGGAAGUUGUGACGACACUGAUAUUGAUAAAGUGAAUAACAUUGAAAACUAA